AUGACCUGGCAUGGUGGUAGUGAAGAAGAAGAAGAAGAAGAAGAAGAAGAAGAAGAAGAAGAAGAAGAAGAAGAUGAUGAUGAUGAAUUUGUUCAUUAUCUAUCUAUCUAUCUAUCUAUCUAUCUAUCUAUCUAUCUAAGUUUAUUCAUUAUCUAUCUAUCUUUGUUCAUUAUCUAUCUAUCUAUCUAUCUAUCUAUUUUAGUUUGUUCAUUAACUAUCUUUGUUUAUUAUCUAUCUAUCUAUCUCAGUUUUUUCAUAAUCUAUCUAUCUAUCUAUCUAUCUAUCUAUCUAUCUAUCUAUCUAUCUAUCUAUCUCUGUCUGUUCAUAUCUAUCUAUCCGCCCCUCACCUGUGUCUGUUUAGAUUUCAGAAAAUCUCUAUUGUUUCAACCUCUUAUCUAUCUAUCUAUCUAUCUAUCUAUCUAUCUAUCUAUCUAUCUAUCUAUCUGUGGAUCCUACCACAACACUAUCUGUCCCUUAUCUAUCUAUCUAUCUAUCUAUCUAUCUAUCUAUCUAUCUAUCUAUGGUUCUUCUUUCUUUCUUUCAUUCUUUGUCUUUUCAUCUGUAAUUACUUGUAACCUUAGUCUUCUUUCUUUCUUUCUUUCUUUCUUUCUUUCUUUCUUUCUUUGUCUUUUCAUCUUCUUCUUUCUUUCUUUCUUUCUUUCUUUCUUUCUUUCUUUGUCUUUUCAUCUUCUUCUUUCUUUCUUUCUUUCUUUCUUUCUUUCUUUCUUUCUUUCUUUGUCUUUUCAUCUGUAA